GAGAUGUAUACGCUGACUGUUGCGACAUCCGCCUUCCUCUCUUGGAAUGUGUUUGUAUGUUUUCUCAUAAUUUUAGUUGCGGUGCAAUUCCGAUUACUGAAUUUAAAGAUUAAAGCUCUUAAUUGUGAGGAUGUCCAAAACGAACACUACUUUGACAGAUACGUACGAGAUUUGAAGUCCGUCAUUCAGUACCAACAGAACCUAAUGAGAUAUAUUAAAGUUUUGAAUGAAUUACUACAUGUGCCAGUUGCACUGUUGAUGAUCACUAGUGUUUUUUUGAUGUGUUUAAACAUGUACGCUUUGACUACAAGUAAAGGGUCUAUGGUUGAUAAUGGUAGAAUUAUGAUAAGUUGCUCCACCUUAAUUGUCGAAUUUUUUAUGGUAUAUGGCCUGCCAGCGCAGUUACUAAUGGACGAGUCAGAAGCUACAGCAGACAUGGUAUAUUUUGAGUGCAAAUGGUACUUACCGAAUUUACGGCCCUUGCGAAAACAUUUUUUAAAUAUGAUGACCCGAAGUCAGAAAGGUGUUUGUAUAAGGGCUGGAAACUAUCAUAUUAUUAACAACAGGACUAUUCUAAUUAUGAUGAAAACAGCUUACAGCUUUUAUACUUUUCUACAAAAAGUAGCUUAAAUCAAGAAAUUAAUUGACUAAUUUCUCACGAGCGUUUAAAGCAAUAUUCUAGAUAUUAAAAUAGUUACUUAAAGUUUGUAAUUAUGACCCUAUGAACUCCGUGAAGAUAUUGGACACAGGCAUAUUCACAACAACAAUUUUAUUAGGAGCAUUAAGU